CUGAGCGGGCAGGGUAGGACUUUGGUUCCCGGCAGGAGGCUGGCCUACAAGGAGAGGGAGAAUCGAAUUAAACCGGGACCGGCCUUACACCAGAUCUAGAGUGUCUAGGACCCAAGGUGCUACACCCCAAGGGGACGUGGUCCCUUGCGAGCGAGGCCUUUAGGGCUGAGGAAGGUCGGGUUCUGAGUGGACUGGGUCGUGAUGUGCAGGAGACUGCCAUCUGAAUAUUAUUCGGCUCUUGUCCGCCUGGCAGCAUGAGGCAUCGCACCCUAACCUCCAGCCCGGCCCUCUGGGCCUCUAUACCGUGUCCACGCUCUGAACUGCGUCUAGACCUGGUUUUAGCUUCUGGACAGUCCUUCCGGUGGAGGGAGCAAAGCCCUGAACACUGGAGUGGCGUGCUGGCAGAUCAAGUAUGGACACUGACUCAGACCGAGGAGCGGCUCUAUUGUACUGUGUACCGAGAAGACAAGAGCCAGGUGGGCAAGCCCACCCUAGAGGAGCUGGACGCCCUGCACAAGUACUGUCAGCUGGAUGUCAGCCUGGCUCAGCUGUAUAGCCAAUGGGCUUCUGUAGAUUCCCACUUCCAAAAAGUGGCUCAGAAAUUCCAAGGUGUGAGACUGCUGAGACAAGACCCCACAGAAUGCCUUUUCUCCUUCAUCUGUUCCUCCAACAACAACAUUGCUCGAAUCACUAGCAUGGUAGAACGGCUGUGCCAGGCCUUUGGACCUCGCCUCAUUCAGCUUGAUGAUGUCACUUAUCAUGGCUUCCCCAGCCUUCAGGCCCUGGCUGGUGAGUCGGUCCAGAGGUGGAGGCUCACCUCAGAAAGCUGGGCCUGGGGUACCGGGCCCGCUAUGUAUGUGCCAGCGCCAAAGCCAUCCUGGAAGAGCACGGUGGGCCGGCUUGGCUGCAGCAACUUCGAGCAGCCCCUUAUGAAGACGCCCACAAAGCCCUCUACACCCUGCCCGGGGUGGGCACCAAGGAACUAGAUGGAUGGUCCAGAGGUUAAGAGCACUUGCUCUUCCAGAGGACCCAAGUUGGAUUCCCAGCAUCCAUGUCAGGUGGCUUUCAAUUACUACCUCUCACUCCAGUCCUAGGGGAUCUGAUACCCUCUUCUGGUCUCCAUGGGCACCUGAACACACAUGACAUACACACACACACAAAUAAAAUAAAAACAAAUCUGUUAAAAAUAAAAUAAAGCCGGGCGGUGGUGGUGCACGCCUUUAAUCCCAGCACUCGGGAGGCAGAGCCAGGCGGAUCUCUGUGAGUUCGAGGCCAGCCUGGUCUCCAAAGCGAGUUCCAGGAAAGGCGCAAAGCUACACAGAGAAACCCUGCCUCGAAAAACCAAAAAAAAAAAAAUAAAUAAAUAAAAUAAAAUAAAAUAAAAUGAAUUUUUGGUACUGGCCACCAAGCCUGACAACAUUAGUUCAAUCCCUGAGACCCACGUGGUGGAAGGAGAAACUGAUUCCCAUAGUUGGCCUCUGACCUCCCUUGGACUCCUGCCCCAUGAAUAGAUAACUAUGUACAAUUUUUAAAUUUUAAAUGGAUUCACUUAACUUUGAAAUUAAAAAAAAAAAUUCUGUGUA